GGCGCGCAUCCCGCGCGAGCUCAAGCUUCCCAGGGGCUCCGGUCUCUGAGAGCCCUGCCCAAUAAGAGCGGAGACACGGCGGGCUGUCAACAUUCCUAUCGCCCCUCUCUCUCUCCCCCCGUCGCCCACCCCUUCGUCCUGCAGUUCGCACAGUUCAUCGCCCCGGUUUAUCUCGCGCAGUCUGCUAUCAGCGCUCGCAGACUCCAAUGGAAAAACGAAGAGGCGCGUGUUUCACAGCCCUGCCUGAACGCAAAGCGUGGGGAGAAAAAGUGGGAAAGUUGGCACUCUUUCUGAUCAAAUUGCACCUCAUCGAGACUUCAUCUGUUCUCAAGAGAAAGUAGAAAAGAAAGAAAGCGCACUCUGAACCUGCCGUCUGGCUUGGAUUAUUUCUGCUGCGGUUGCCAGAUUUUGGGGAAUACUUUUAUGGCACACGCUAAUAUCCGGGCAGAUACAUGAUAUCCGUCCGUGCAUCGUCCGAACGGAGCUCUACAUCUGUCCAGCUAUCAGCAAUCCCAACUCUAGCAGGUCCCCGCAGACCUAAACGGUCUUUACACCGGUUUCCCAUAAUACAGCAUCGUGUUUUCUUAUCAUCGCUGGAGGACACGCUCAACUAUGUUUGGCUGCGGUAAAGUUCUUGGGUCGCCUCGGAUUCUCAACAGAUCUACUGCUGUUCCCGGAGAUUUAGGAUUAAGACGUAUAAUCAGAAACAGCGCAGGCUCAUCCUACGGUCCCCGUGCGUCGUCGCGGUUGUGUUGCGCACUCCUGUUUCUCCUGCUCAUCCUCACACCGCGCGUGGACUCGUCCUGGUGGUAUAUUGGAGCCCUUGGUGCCCGUGUUAUCUGUGACAAUAUUCCCGGGCUGGUGAAUAAACAGAGGCAGUUGUGUCAGAAGCAUCCAGACAUCAUGCAGUCGAUUGGGGGCGGGGCUAAAGAGUGGAUUCGAGAGUGCCAGCAUCAAUUCCGUCAUCAUCGCUGGAACUGCAGCGCACUGGACAGAGACCAUACCGUUUUUGGCAGAGUCAUACAGCGCAGCAGUCGUGAGGCGGCGUUCGUAUAUGCAAUCUCCUCAGCGGGAGUGGUUUUCGCCAUUACCCGCGCCUGCAGUCAGGGGGAGCUAAAGACGUGUAACUGUGACCCCCACAAGCGCGGCCGGGCAAGUGAUGAACGAGGAGACUUUGACUGGGGUGGCUGCAGUGAUAACGUCAACUAUGGGAUAAAGUUCGCCAAAGCUUUCGUAGAUGCAAAAGAGCAAACAGUAAAAGACGCACGAGCACUCAUGAACCUUCAUAACAACCGCUGUGGGAGAAUGGCUGUAAAGCGCUUUAUGAAGCUGGAGUGUAAAUGUCAUGGAGUCAGUGGGUCGUGCACUUUGAGAACCUGCUGGUUGGCAAUGUCGGAUUUCCGUAAAACGGGAGACUACCUUCGCAAGAAAUACAAUGGAGCAAUCGAGGUCACCAUGAACCAAGAUGGGACAGGAUUCACAGUAGCCAAUAAAGACUUCAGGAAAGCCACAAAAAAUGAUCUGGUGUACUUUGAAAACUCACCUGAUUACUGUGUCAUGGACAAAGCUGCAGGUUCAUUGGGUACUGCUGGUCGGGUCUGUAACAAGAUGUCCCGGGGGACCGACGGCUGCGAGGUCAUGUGUUGUGGGCGGGGCUACGACACCACACGCAUAAAACGCAUCACAAAGUGCGAGUGUAAGUUUAAGUGGUGUUGCUCCGUCGAGUGCAAAGACUGCGAGGAGGCUGUCGACAUUCACACCUGCAAAGCUCCUAAACUUGCCGAAUUGCUGGACCAAACCUGAGGCAUGGCCACUUCCCCCCCAUUCCUCAGGAUUUUAUCCACGGCAUUCUGGGAUAUGAAGUCCAUCCCUUGCAUUUUUUUUUUUACCCUGCCCCCAAAAUCCCUCUUAUUUGUUGCAUGGCUUUAUUUGAACUAAUUUUGUGAAAGCACUACAACUGAAAUCUACAUUUCUCAUGAGCGCCUUGCACACGUUGCCCGAUAUGGCAGAUUGAUCUCUCUUUAUUCUCUCUCUCUCUCUCUCUCUCUCUCUCUCUCUCUCUCUCUCUCUCUAUCCCUUUUGAAUUGAUCAGAGGACAGUAAAGGUUUAAGAUUCAAGAACAACCUGUGCUGUAACAUGUUGGUGUAUUUUUUGUUUCGUUUUGACGUGGAAUUUUGUUCUGUGAGUGUUGUUUUGUGACAAAAGGUGUGCUGCUUUUAAAAUAACAUUUAAAAAACAUCAGAUAUUUACAUGGCUAAUAGCUGAAUAUGUACAUCACAUGUUAUUGAAAACACAACUGUUUGCUUAACAUACAUCACGUGCCCAUAUACUGGACAGUAUUUUACCAUGAUUAUUGGUACUGAAUAUAACAGAAUGGUUGAGGCUGGUCAGAAGGGCUCAAGAGGAAAAAAUGGAUGACAGCUAUGUGGGCUGCUCACUCCACAUGGAGCCCUAACAGAGAGUUUCUCUGGAAGCUACAGAGGUAAUAUUAAUAACAUAAAUGAGCAUGCACUAAGGACAUUAGCUAACAGUGGAGCGAAAAGGACAUGUUUUUAUAAAACUCAUCAUUGCCUGUGUAAACAUGAAGAAAGGUGUUAACUGGCUGUGACUGCUAGAGGUGUAAGCUCUCUUUAGCUCUCCUGUGCUGUGGUACUUGUAAACUGUGUUAUUAUUUUUUCAGCAGAAGUUCAUAUAAAGACAUUAAGUAUGACAUAAAGAGUCAAUUUUAUUUUGCUUUU